UAUAACAAAGAAGUAUUAAGCGUUAAAUAAAAAAAUAUGGCUAAAUUUUUAAUAAUUUUAUUUAUUCUACAUUCGACAACAGCUAUUGAAGCUCAAUGGGAUAAUUCAACAUCUGAAGAGAUCACAAACUCAACUACCACAACUUUAGUAUCACAACCUUCUAUGACAAGCACGGCCAAAAAUUUUAUAAACUCGUUAUUGUAUGGUCUUAUAACUGGAAUAAAAUUAUUAUUAACGCCAGUAAUGAUUUUACUUGUGACACUAUUAAAUAUAGUAGAGACAUUACUUGGUGGUGUAAUGUUGUUGCUGACGAUAACUUCAAAAACACUCCUUGGUGUACUAGGCUUGUCUAGUGUGGCUUCAAUGUUGGUGGACUUAUUAGUUGAAAUUCAAGACAUGGUCAAUAACACAUUGAAAACAAUUAAUAAUAUUUUGUCUCAGCUUUCGAUAACGUAAUAAUUUGGCCCAUUUUAUUCGUCAAAGUAAUAGUACUACACUCAAAUAACAUUCAAAUUUUCCAAAAAAAUCAUAUCAAUGUUAGGCAAAAUUGCUUCAUUAAUUAAUGCAAGGAAAGUUGGAACAUCAUGAGAUACCGUAAAAUCCGUAAGUGUCAGAGGUAAAAUGAGCCAUAUUUCUGAGAAAACUUUUUCCUUUUAAAUAUUUUUCCGCACGACUAAGAGGAAAAUGGGGUAAGUUAAUCUCAGCAGUGCGGUUAUUUCAGAGUUUUGACAAAAAAAAAUUUUAUUUCUUCUCAUAAUUAUGACCGCGCUGCUAGAAGUGUCCCAAUUGUCCCAUCUUUUUCGAGACAUCGUAGAAAAAUAUAUUUUUUUUAUCUUCGAAAUUGUCUUACUUUACCCCGGACUUAUGGAUUUGGUUGUAUCUUGCUUUGCUCUAGGGUGUCCUAAUACAUAAUUGGGAUCAAUAAUAAUAAAAUAGAUUCAAUAUAAACCAUCAAAGUCAAUAAGGUUCUGCAGUAACCUAAGACAACAGAAUA